AGGUCGCCUCGGCUCUGUGUGUUUAUGGCUCUGGUGUGUUUCUGUAACAGUUACACUUGAUCCAGUUCCCACAAGAUGCCGCGCUGGAGCUAUGCAGAGGGAGCUAGUAUUAUGGAAGCACCCCAAUCGAUACUAGAGACACGGGUCUGAUCUGAUCGAAGCAAGUACAUUACACAUUUCCGUUCCUUUCAAGCGGCAGUCUCGACGACGGCUUCGUUUUAGGCUGUGAGAUGUCUACCGAAAGCUACCUUCUGGGACACUUUGAAGCCCUUGACUGGCGUCCCUUGCAAUUUGUGGAUCUCCCAUCGACAAUAUCGUGUGACUUGUGUGCCGUCGUUCCCGGGAAGAUCCUGAGGCUGGAAUGUUACCAUUCCCUCUGUGAGGGAUGUUACCAGGGCGUUCUUCGAACCGAACGACGGUGCCCGCUCGACAAGCACGGCUUUCUUGAAAGUGAAGUGGUAAUUUUGCAAGUUAAAACGGCGCCCCUCCAAAACCUAGAAGUUCACUGCUGCAACUUCAACCAUGGAUGUAAUUUCGUCGGAUCAUUGGAACGAAUGAAAUCUCACUUCUUGGACGACUGUGAGUUUCACCCUUUAGCUUGUAAGAAGUGCUGUGUCACGGUGUUCCGUAAAGACAUCGUCAGCCAUUACAUGGAUGAGCAAUGCGGGGCUCAAAGUACGUUACGUCCGAGCGAAAAUAUUUCUAUUGACAGGAGCGUCAUCGGGAUUGGAAGACAGAUCAACGCCUCACUAUCAGAUAUAGCUCAUAGACUCUGUGCUAUGGAAGACCAUCUAAAUAGCCAUACUGUGGGGAUUGACACGACGAAAGAAUACGUCAUGAACUACGCUUCAGUGCUGCGCACGCUUCAAGAGGGACAAAGCUUGUCUUCAGUGACGAUGUCAAACGUUGUCACUGGCCUUCGUACAGUUACGGAAGCGUUGUCUUCUAUUGCAGACCAACAUAGCCACCAAGUUGUAAGUGCCGACGAUAUGAAGAACCGCGUUAGUUCCAUCGAGAAGACACUAACUGCUAUUGUACGAUUGCAAAAAGAAGUAGGUAACAAUGUCCUUAUCUUGGCAGAAGGUUGGAAACAAUGCUCCCAGGAAUUUCAAACGAUGCCGCUUUCGAACGUUGGUUUAUUCCACGUCCAGAAAGUCGAUGGACUUGAAAAGAAGGCAAGGGAGGGACAGUGGGCCCAGGCAUUCUCUGACAAUUUCCUGUUAUACGGCUAUUCUGUAAAGCUAUGCGCGAUGUUAAGGACAUCUGGUGGUAUCACACACAUAGGAGUUUACCUACAUAUCUGUCGUGGUCCGAAAGACUCCCUCUUGAAAUGGCCCUUCUUGUUGCCUUAUAUGCUCAUCUUAAUUCAUCCAACUGACGACAGAAAGAACAUUGAACAUACCAUUGAUGUCCUACACGAGUUUGCAAAGUUCCCUGAAUGUUUCAAUCGACCAGUCGAAAGUCCAAAUGAAGGCUGCGGCUGGCAUAAGUUUUGCACGCUAGAUGAUGCACUGAAUCGUGGCUUUGUUCACGAGAACUCAAUUACUGUUGGCGUUACCCUGGUGCAAAGUCGUCAAUAGCACGUGGUGAGAGCUCAUGUACCAGCCUGUAUACCUAGAUUAACAGACGUAAUUCAUAUGAUCACUACAGAAUCUUUACAACCUGAUGUAGGUGUGCGCAUUAAAGUGUCACUCCGGACCC